AUUGAAGAACUACUAGCGAUCAGCACUGGGAACUCAAGAGAACAGCUAGCAGAGCCCUCGCGAAACAGGAUGGUUCAAAAUCUGGAAUUGCUAAAACUGGAACUGCUUCAAAUUGUCACAGCAUCACCAGAUUAUCUGCUUUUGAGUCUACCCGAUCCAAAUCUCCUACCUAGUGCUGUGCAUCCAAUAAACCAGCCUCCUUACUUCACCGUAGCAAAGCACGAAGGCAAAACGCUCACUGGUCCUACUUAUCAAAGGCUCCAUUUUCUGCCAGCGGUAGAUUCUCUUGCACAAACAAACGCCCUAAAUACUCUCUGGUAUCUCAUGAAAAGUCAUGAAUCUCACUCCUGUGCAUACCAGACAGAGAGAGCAUCUCUCAGUAUUUGCGAUGCGGCCGCACUUUACAUCCCACUUUUGGACAUUGCUUGUGGCCAUGUCUCCGCCAUGUAUGCCAGUUGGAUCAGUGCCUUGGAGAAACAGGAAAGGGUAUUUAGAGAAGUAGCAAAAGUGUCUAUGCUUCUUGGUGCUCACCGUAUCUCAAACGAUGGCGCUUCGAAACGAUCUGGGUGGGUUUUAUCGUCUAUGGUUGACAAGGAACGAGUCAGAUGGAUGGGUCGCCGUUUCUCGUUAACUUCGAAUCGUAAAGGAUCAGUGGAGCACCAUCCAUUCUGUGCACUAUCAAUCCCAUCACAACAGCUGUACACCGCUUCUCUCACCUCGACGAAAACAUGGAUCAACGCUCUUCUCCCACCGAUUCCUUCCUCUAUGCCCAGCGAAACAAUGAGUGUCUUCAAUGACUGUGUCACCAGGCUGCUUCUUUUGGAGGCGCUUUGGAUCCUUCAUUAUGCUGACCAGCAGAUCAUUUUACAGUGGCUCGUUAACGGAUCUACAGAACAGGCGCACAAACUUGUUGAUCUGCUCAUUCUUGCUCUUAAUUACUUUGAGUAUCUGGGCAGCAAUGAGUUUCCAUCCCAAUCCAUGGACGAAUGCACAAAAGAUAUUCGAAAACUCGAUGUUUCGGCGGUCCUUUCGUUGAAUAAAUGGGGCAAUCUCAGAUUCCACGCCACUAGCACAUCGUCUAUCACAUCUCGUGUGCAGGCAAAAUUUCUCUUUCUGUUUGCCACCUCGGUUACGUGCAAAACCCUAGAUCUUCUCACCAGUGCAUUUUCUCGACCCCUUUCAGGUAGCCACGUGGCAGAGGAGGAGCGUGACAACGAGAUUAUAUCUUCUCACCUCAUUCUCAGUAUCGCUAGAGCUUACAUCUUUGGCCUCAGCAUGUCUCACUGCUCCAAAACAUUUCAACUUCUUUCUUGUGGCGUAUCCCAAUUGAUCUCCAAGUUCCCACGGUACUUUUUGGAGGGAUCGCCGGUUACACAAUUUGUGCUUUUUCGAGUCUUACUGCCUCAUUGUGCGUCUCCACUGAAAAAGAUUCGAACAAUUGCCAAUGCUACCGUAUUUCACCUCUUCCAGGAGUGUCACCGAGUUCGCAACCACCUUUAUCCUGUGAAUAGCCAAAUGGCUCUGGCUCUACACGCCCACAUAGCAGCUAACGACCUCAUUCUUGACACAUCAUCGUCCUUCUCAUGGUUCGCCCGACGCUUAGGGGUUGUGACCGAUUGUCUCUCCUACCUUGCUGAAGCUCCUACUAACCUCUACUGGCACCAGCUUCUCACACACCUUGUCUACGAUCGCAGGAUCCAGAGCAGUCAUGAAGGCGACCCGCUGUUUCCCACUCUUGCUCCUCCUGAUAUUCGUAUCCUAUUGGCUAGCGCUCAUCUUCCGGAUUGCUUUCAAACCCUUAAAGAAUACGCGGGGGCAAAUUUAAACGGGAGAGGGAAUUUAGAAAACAAUGGAAACAUCGGAAGUGUGUCAUUCAGUGGACUGCAUUUUGUGAUGGGACUUAUAAGUGUCCAUGCACCUGAUGCAGAAUUUCAAACACAACUUAAUGCAACUGUGGGUAUUUUACACGGUAUCUUGGCUUGCCUCCUUCGUUUUAACUAUCUCCAACGAUGCCAUGUCGGUUCCCAGAUUGUGGAAAAGGAUGACCAAAUUUCUGUGGUCGAGCUGCUCGUUGACUUGGCAUCUGCCUGCCGUCUGCUUCCCGAGCUCAGGCAGUACUGGCUUUUACGUCUUGCAGAGGUUCAUCUAUUUUUUAAGCAGCCUGCGGAGGCAGCUCAGGCCCUACUUCACACCCUCGCAAUCGACGUAGAACAGAUGGUGAGCAGAAAGAGCUCUUCUCUCUUCACCGUCCUGAGUGAGGGAGCUGAUCUUAUGGCGCGUCAAUUGGGAUCUCCGAACCUUCUGGAAGAGUCAGCCCUAGAACUGGCCGUUGGACUUCCAGCCACAAUUCCUCUCCCACUCACUGCUGAACGACCUCUGGAGAGGACCUCUGCAAGCGUCGUUGUGAAGCGCUUUUACGGGUUGAUUGAAAUAAUCGCUAAGUGCUUACACGAGGCUAACCAAUUCGAACAGAUUCCAUUAAUUUGUUACUGGGUUCUACCAAUUUUGUACUCCAGUGGAGAGCAGGAAUACCUCCAUCAAGUGCACAAACUUAUCCGGACCUCACAUGCUGCUGAAUACGAACCUGUUAGAACUCAUCGCCUCUUCAGUACAUAUUUUCGGGUUGGAUUUUAUGGCUCUCUGUUUGAUGACCAGAAUGGCAAGGAGUUUAUCUAUAAGGAGGCUCCACUGACCAAGUUGGCUGAGAUUACCACUCGUCUGCAGGAGUUUUACUCGCGUCAACUUGGUGGCAAACGAGUUGAGAUAAUUAAGAGUUCCGGUCGAAUUAUUGUGGCAAAUCUCGAUGAGAGCACUGCCUACUUGCAGAUAACGUAUGUUGAACCCUUCUUUGAGGAGUUCGAACUUCGAAAACGGAAAUUGGAGUCAGAAAGGAAUUAUGGAAUCAAACGCUUCGUGAUGGUAACGCCAUUCACACAGGCGGGUCCUGCACAUGGCAGUAUUUCAGAACAGUGCAAAAGGAAGGUGAUUCUAACCACAUCGAGAUGUUUCCCCUACUUGAAUCUUCGGCUCCCGAUCAUUGAUCACAAAGAGUUAGUCCUUCACCCCAUAGACGUUGCCAUUGAAGACGUAGCAAAGCGGAAUCAGCAACUAGCUUUGGCACUUUGUAUGGAUCCUCCGGAUGCUAAGUUCCUUCAAUUGAUUCUUCAGGGCUGCGUGAGUACAACCGUGAAUCAAGGACCCCUGGAAGUUGCUGCUACCUUCUUGACUAAACAGAACUCCCAUUCUUUGCCAGCUUCAAAUGAAAACACUUCCACUAUAGCGGCAGAAUCGAACGCUGAACAGAGAAAUGAACUCCGUCUCUGUUUGAAAGAGUUUCUGCGCAAAUCCCAAGAGGGAGUGCGAAUGAACCGUCAAUUAAUUGGUCCAGACCAGAAGGAGUACCAGCGCGAGCUCGAACACAACUUCGCUCAAAUUAAACAGCAAUUGGAACCAUAUUUGAAACCUCCGAUGUCUUACGGUGAUCAGAUAACUGCAUGA